UCUGUCUCACCCCGUCCCGUCCCGCUCAGAUGAACCGGCCGGCGCAGGCGGCAGCGGCCGCACACACAUUCUUCGUGGCCAACCCCGGGCACCAGGAGAUGAGGCAGAACCUGGAGUACUACCAAGCCAUGGCGGGCGUCCGCGAGGACGACUUCACCGACCUGGAGGCCAAACCCCACCUGAGCGAGUUCCGGCUCGGUGUCCGGUUUUACUCGGAGGAGCAGCCGGCUGCCGCCGUCCUCCACCUGGAGAAGGCGCUGGAGGAGUAUUUUGUGGCGGACGCCGAGUGCCGUGCGCUCUGCGAGGGACCCUACGACUACGAGGGCUACAACUACCUGGAGUACAACGCAGACCUUUUCCAGGCCAUCACAGAUCACUACAUGCAGGUGCUGAGCUGCAAACAGGGCUGUGUCACGGAGUUGGCCUCGCAGCCUGGCCGGGACAAGCCCUUGGAGGAUUUCCUGCCCUCGCACUUCAACUACCUGCAGUUUGCCUACUACAACAAUGGGAAUUACGAAAAAGCCAUUGAAUGUGCCAAAACCUAUUUGCUCUUCUUCCCGAACGACGAGGUGAUGAACCAGAAUUUGGCCUAUUACACGGCCGUCCUGGGGGAGAACCUGGCAGGACCCAUCCAACCCCGAGAGGAGAUCCAGGCAUACCGCCAGCGAAGCCUGAUGGAGAAGGAGCUGCUCUUCUUCAGCUACGACAUCUUUGGCAUCCCCUUCGUGGACCCGGACACAUGGACACCCGAAGAGGUGAUACCAAAAAGAUUGCGGGAGAAACAAAAGGUGGAGCGGGAGACAGCGGCACGCAUCUCGGAGGAGAUCGGCAACCUCAUGAAGGAGAUCGAGACGUUGGUGGAGGAGAAGGCCAAGGAGUCUGCUGAUAUGAGCAAAUUCAUCCGAGAAGGUGGCCCCUUGGUGUACGAAGGAGCCAGUGUCACCAUGAACUCUAAGGCGCUGAACGGCUCCCAGCGUGUGGUGGUGGAUGGGGUCCUUUCUGCCGAGGAGUGCCGGGACCUGCAGAGACUCACCAACGCAGCUGCCUCGGCUGGGGACGGCUAUCGUGGGAAGACAUCUCCUCACACCCCCAGUGAGACCUUCUACGGCGUGACCGUCCUCAAGGCCCUCAAGCUGGGCCAGGAGGGCAAGGUGCCCCUGCAGAGCGCCUACCUCUACUACAACGUGACAGAGAAGGUGAGGCACAUGAUGGAGUCCUACUUCCGCCUGGAGGUCCCGCUCCACUUCUCCUACUCCCACCUGGUGUGCCGCACCGCCAUCGAUGAGAAGCAAGAAGGCCGGAGUGACAACAGCCAUGAGGUGCAUGUGGACAACUGCAUCCUCAAUGCCGAGGCUCUGGUGUGUGUGAAGGAACCUCCAGCCUACACCUUCCGGGAUUACAGUGCCAUCCUCUACCUCAACGGGGACUUUGAAGGAGGAGCUUUCUACUUCACUGAGCUGGAUGCCAAGACCGAGACCGCGGAGGUCCAGCCGCAGUGUGGUCGUGCCGUGGGCUUCUCCUCGGGCUCGGAGAACCCCCACGGGGUGAAAGCCGUGACCAAGGGCCAGCGCUGCGCCAUCGCCCUCUGGUUCACCCUGGACCCUCGGCACAGCGAGCGGGAGCGUGUGCAGGCGGAUGAUCUGGUGAGGAUGCUGUUUGGCACGGAGGAGGGGGAAUUGCUGCGGGAGUCGGAGUCGGAACCACCAGCCACCGUCGCGGUGGGGAAGGACGAGCUGUGAUGUCCCACGGGGACCAGGACGUCCCUGCUGGGACCCAGUGACCACCAGCAUUGUGGGGCUGCUGGAUGGGACCCCCCCCUCUGCCCCCCACUGACGUGGGAUGGGGAACUGAGGGAUGCCCUGCGCAGCACCCACACCCCCCUGCGGAGCUGACCGGGGGGUGUCACAGAGUCUCUGGGGGGGUGACACGGGGGACAAGGGAGGGAUGGUGUGUUAGGGGUGAGGACCCCGGGCCACCGUAGCAGACACGUGCCUUUCAGCUCGGCUGAACUUGCAGCUAUUUAAGUGCCUUCUGCAGAAAACAGGUCAAUAAAGGUGGGUUUUUUCUAA